GUUUCAAAUACCUAAUAAUUAAAUCAUACUCAAAAAAAAAAUUAAAAAAAAAUCUUCACAAUCCAUCAUACCCCCCCCCCCCCCCCCACCCUACCCCACUCCCCCCACUCCCACCCCUUACUCCCCCCACCCCAAUCUUCUUAUGACAAGAAUUUUUCAAUUUUGAGGGGUUUAAUAUAAUCUUUACAUCAUGUUGAUUGGCUAUUGACUAAAAGAACAAUGAAUAUUUCAAGAUUCUCAUCAAAACGACACACUUAUAAAACAUAAAACGACAACCCCUUAUACGACUCUCCAAAUAUCAACCACCCAUAUAUAGAAAAAAAAUUAGCAAAAUCAAGAAUCAAUCUUCUUAUACCAAAGUCUAAAACCCCAAAAAUAAUUUUGAGUAAAAAAAAAAAAUUGAAAAAAAAAAAUGGACCAAAAUUUGUUAGAUGAUAUUAUAAGUAGGCUUCUUGAAGUAAAGGGUAAACCAGGGAAGCAAGUGGUGUUAACAGAGGCUGAGAUUAAGCAGUUGUGUUUGGUAUCUAAAGAGAUUUUCUUGAGACAACCUAAUUUGUUGGAACUUGAAGCACCAAUCAAGAUUUGUGGUGACAUUCAUGGCCAAUAUUCUGAUCUUCUGCGGCUAUUUGAGUAUGGUGGAUUGCCUCCUCAAUCAAACUAUUUAUUUUUAGGUGAUUAUGUUGAUCGUGGCAAGCAGAGCCUAGAGACUAUAUGUCUUCUACUUGCAUACAAGAUCAAAUAUCCAGAAAACUUUUUCUUGCUUCGGGGAAAUCAUGAAUGUGCUUCCAUAAACCGCAUAUAUGGAUUUUAUGAUGAAUGUAAGAGAAGAUUCAAUGUUAGAUUAUGGAAAAUCUUCACAGAGUGCUUCAAUUGUCUGCCGGUCGCUGCCUUAAUAGAUGAAAAGAUUCUAUGUAUGCAUGGAGGCCUCUCUCCUGAUUUGAACCAUUUAGACCAAAUUAGAAGUCUCCAACGCCCAACUGAUGUGCCAGAUGCUGGAUUGCUGUGUGAUUUGCUUUGGUCUGAUCCUAGUAAAGAUGUUGAAGGAUGGGGAAUGAAUGACCGGGGAGUUUCAUACACCUUUGGUGCAGACAAGGUGACGGAAUUUCUUGGGAAGCAUGAUCUGGAUCUUAUUUGCCGUGCUCAUCAGGUUGUGGAGGAUGGGUAUGAGUUUUUUGCUAAUCGGCAACUUGUAACUGUAUUUUCUGCACCGAAUUAUUGUGGAGAGUUUGACAAUGCUGGUGCUAUGAUGAGCGUAGAUGAAACAUUAAUGUGCUCCUUUCAAAUAUUAAAACCUGCUGAUAAGAAGCCCAAAUUCAGCUUCGGAAGUACAACUACCGCUAAACCGGGAUCUCCCACUGGGAUGAAGUCCUUUUUUAAUUCCAAAGCAUGAGAAGAAGUGGCUUCACGACAAGGGGAUUAAACAAGAACUGUUGAAGCGCGUGAAGUUACCGUUAAACUGCAGUCCUUUCGUAAUCCCAAAAGUAUGAGAGCCAACUGCAGAAGUAGCCACAGAAGUCUUUGCUUAUGAAGUGGAUAGGUGAAUUACCAGAACUUGAUGAUCAUUUUAACCAUGAUGGAUGUAUAAAAAGUAUGAGAAAAUGAUGGAAAACCAUACUUUGGUCUUUUUUUUCUUUUUGUUUUUUGGUUCAAAUCCUUCUUUUUAAAUCAAAUUGUAAGCUAUUCACCAUCUUUUUGUGCAACUAAUCCAUAACACAUGGUAAUGACCUUUA